UCGGACACUCUCUGUUUUGGGGGAGGAAAAUCUUUCUGUUUUACUGCACAAAAAACUACCAAACGAUUUUACAGAAUGGCGGACUUAAAGCGUGAUCUGGACGAGUACCUGCUGUUGCAGGAAAAUCAGAAGAAAAACUUCAAACUAGAGAUGCCCAAAAUGCCGUCCCUGCCUACGCCUGACCUCGUUGGAAAGCUGUUCGGUCGCAACCAGGAACCAGAAGCAAAUAGUUGGCUCAAGGAUACGCAGGACACUUGUUGCCCAAAGCUGUCUCGAAUCCAGCGAAUAGUCGGCUUCGUGACAUGCAUGGGGCUGGGUAUAUUUUGUAUGAUCGUGUCCACUUUCUACAUACCCUUGCUGAUACUGAAGGCGAGAAAGUUUGCCCUACUGUACACACUCGGCAGUGUGUUUUUCAUCAUGAGCUUUUCCUUCUUGAGCGGAUUUGGAGCAAUGUUCCGGCAGAUGUUCUCUCGGGAACGUAUCGCAAUGUCGAUCAGCUACACAUGCUGCCUAACGGCGACACUAUACUUUGCCAUGGUUGCACAAAGCACCGCAUUGACGGUACUGUUUGCCGUCGCACAGAUUAUUACGCUGCUGUGGAUGAUACUGGCCGCCAUCCCGGGUGGCAUGAGUGGGGUAAAGUUCUUUGGCAGCAUGUUCCGAAGUUCCGUAUCCAGCACACUUCCCGUCUAAAUUCUUGCAGCAGGAAGUGCAAAAUCGCAAAUGUGCAAGUGUGAUAUAUCAUGUUAGUUGUAGCGUGCGCGUAAGCCAGAGAUUUAAUUUACUACUAGGUUAAAGUUUUGUGGACAGGUCUGCUAAUUAUCACACACAGGAAGAAUCCGUUUUACUUUCUGUGGCUGCGAGCCUAAACUAAAGUAUUUUACACUACAACUCGUACGGCAAAUAAACACAACAGAAUAUAAC